AUGAAGCGUGUGCAGAAUGGGGACCACGUAGUCAGGCUUCAUGAGACCUACGAAGAUGACUGCUUUGUAUACAUGGUCAUGGAGCUCUGCCAGGGUGGUGAACUCGUGGCCUUUUUGUUGGAGCAGGGAACGCACACCGAGGCCCAGGUGGUUCUGGUGAUGCGGCAGGUCUUCAAGGCCGUGGCCUUCCUCCACAGCUGCGCCAUCUGCCAUCGAGACCUGAAGCCCGAGAACCUCCUCCUCCUGCACCGACAGCCAAUCAAGGACAACAUCUUGAAGGUCACGGACUUCGGCCUCUCGGCGCUUUGCCCCCAUGGCUCAGAUCUCCGCGGCAUGAUGGGCACGCUGCCGUAUAUGGCUCCGCAGGUGAUCUCAGGCCGCUACGACCUUGCUGCCGACCUGUGGAGUUGCGGAGUGCUUACCUACCUGCUGCUGAGUGGCUAUCCUCCCUUCUGGCACGACACGGACAUGAUGAAGACUACUGCCGCCAUCAAGCGCGGCAACUUUGCUUUUCCCAUGCAGGAUUGGUCGGCGAUCUCCCAGGAUGCUAAGGCGAUGGUCCGUGAGCUUCUAAAGAUGAAUCCAGCGGAACGCAUCACCGCAAAAAAUGCCUGCCAGCAUGCUUGGUUGACUACAACUCCCGCGGCCACUGUACUCGACGGCUCCCUGCAUCGCCUUCGCCGCUUCAUGAAGGCGAUCAAUGUCACGCAGGUCGUGUCAGAGGAUCCUUUGCUGGGCAAAGCAAGGCCGCAGUCCAUGAUGGAGUCUUUCUUCUCCGUCGUUCAGAGCUCGAUGUCAGCGGUCUGCAGCCCCUGCUCCGCAGAAAGCUGUUCCGCCUCUUUCCAGCACCAGGUGCAGUAUGUUCGCCCUGGUACCCUCGCAGACACUCAGUUCAGCGUGGGGAUGAGGGUCCACUACCAAUCCAUCACUCAUCGAGCUUGGCUUCCCACGGUAGUGGUCGAUGUGAAUGAUGCCGGCGAUGUGGAGAUUGAGAUCAAGCCCCGAGUGUGGAUCGCGCCCGCCGAUCAGGUGAACCUCCUGCGAGCCCAGGCAGCGGGGGAGGGAGGGCUUCCUGUGGGAUUGCAAGGUUGGGGCUUGAAAACAGAAGCUUCGAAGCAACCAAGCAGGCAAGGGAAGGCCCUCGUUUGGGGCUUUCUCGGGAUGACCUUCACCACGCCUCGCAGGCACGCUGCGUUCCGUAGGCCCCAUGGCAGCCGCGGGACUCUUACCUCGCCUCUUCGAAGCUUGUCGGAGUCCGAUGCCCUUCGCGUGCUGGGCGUGGACCUUGACGAGGUCGACACGCAAGCCCUGCGCCGGUCUUUUCGCGCCAAGGCGAAGACGGCGCACCCAGAUGCUGGAGGAAGCAAAGAGGACUUCCAGCAGCUCCGGGCGGCGUAUGCGCUGUUGCGGAAAGCCGUCCGACAGGGAGGGCUUCAAGAAGCAGAAGCAGACCGGAAACGGGACCAAGAACGUUGGGAGCGGUGGGAGGAUGAGGUGGAGCGAGGACAAGAACUGGCACAGGAGGGUGACGUGGUCUACUGGAGGCCAAGCCGUGACGACGGCUGGUCCACAGCACUGGUCCUGGCUGUCCAAGUCUUGUACGAGCCCUCCAGCGGGCCGCAUGGCUGGAUUUACCUGCAGCCCCUUCUGCCCGGAAAGGGCGACCUCUUCGAUGCCGACGAGGAUGCGGAGAUGGAACAGGUAGAGCCCGUGAGCCUCGACGGCGUCAAUUGGGCGUUCGCCAGCCACGCAGAGGAGAUCGGAGGAGGGGCUUGGAAAGUGUCACCCCCUGAAUACCUCCCGCCGUAG